CUUCUCUAGCGAUGGAAAACACUGGUCGAGAAGUACGUCAUACGCAUGACAAUUUUCAAUUUCGAUAAAAAUGGGGGCCUCCUAUAAAUAUUACUCAUUCUACAUUCUACGUGACACAACAGGCGUCGUCUUGGAAGAAUGUAAAUACGUGAGAGCGCGCAACGGUGGAAGUUUUAAAAGAAGAGAACGUCAGUCCUUGAUAUUGGCCAACUACUCUCUGGGUCACGUUCACUUCCAGCGAGCAAAGUAUUACACAUAUAGCUGCAGCGAGAAGCGGCGCAACAGUCCGCAUCAUAAAAUAGAUGACACUGAUAAUGGCAGCGGAGGGAUCAGCGAAUCGAGGACAUCACUUAACGGUCGCCAAUUGGGGGAUGAUCGCUGGGAACUUUACUAAGAAUUGAAAAAUUACACCGAAGUUCAUCUUACAACACCGACUCCACACUUCCUUUCAUCAUCUUAGUAUGUAUUUCCUUAUCCAUAUUAAUAUUCUAUCCGUUAAUAACUAGUUUUCAUAUCUAAGAAUUUAUAAUCAGACCGAACAGGCUGUAGGCAGAUAUUAAUCUGCGACCUGAAUAACAACCAUGAAAUUGAUAUUCCUAAUGCGUGUGAAGUAAAUUGCAAUUAAAAUCAGUGUAAACCAGUUUGGCCAAAAGGAAACGAUCCAACAAAUGGACGAUCCAAUCGGUUCAAACCGGGUUCCACCGGACAGCCUCUAGCAAUUUUCACUGGCGAAGAACAAUCUCUCCCCUUGUCACCAUUAUGCCUCAUAGCUAGCCACAGGCGUGGCUAUUAUAAACAUAUACAAAUUCGUCAGUGGCCGUCGCGAACAAUGGACCGUUUAACAGCGGCGGAAAUAUAUCAUCGUGCGGUGCGAUUCGUCGCCGGACACGAGGGACCAGAGAAAAGAAGAAGAGAGGAGAGGAGCCCGUUCGCCGUAGAAUGGAGCGGAGAAGUCUAAACGCUGUGGAUUUACGGUGAUCGCGUGCUACCUCUCGUUUUUUUACUCCCAACUAUACAUCAUCUUUUACCAGGUGAGAGGAUUAACCUUCGACCAACCGACCGUUUAGCAGUCGCUGCCGGCUUCUGUGCCGUCUCUCGACCGGCUAACGCACGAGUCAUUAAUGAUAUUAUGCGUAUAAUCUCGUUCAUAA